AUGACAAAAACACUUUCUCCCGAAACCAUCUCUGCACAUAUAAACCGCAUCAUAUCCCGCUGGCCGAUCGACCACGUCCGCCCCUCCUCCGUCUCCAUCCAAACAUAUCUGAAAACCCGCAUACCCACCACCGCCCCUGCGAUAUCCCCUUCACACCCGCAAACACAACAGCACCAACAACUCUCCGCCUCUGGCAUAAACGCCCUCUACUCACUUUUAGAAAACCGGUACGACAGGUUAUACCCGCUUCCGCAGAAUCUGCGGUAUCCACGCAGUUCGCCGUCGCAUUACGAUGAUGUGCUGAGGGAGUUUAAGGAGGCGCCGGAGAGGGGAUGGUUGAAGAGGGUGGUGAAGAAGGUUAAGGGGGCUUUUAGAUUUCGGUAG